AUGCAUCAAUGGGUCGGCAACCUGCUCACAGGAGCAGCAGCAGCAAGAUGUUUUACGUACCUGGUGCUGUAUCUGGCGCCUCCCACGUCCACGUCGCCUUCUCGGAUCCCUUCGGAGUUUGUCACCUCGUUCUGUCUUAUGGCGGCAGGCAUCAUGUUGAUGGCCAGCAACCGAGACACAGUUGACGCUAUGGUCGAGUAUGAUGUUAACGCGAUGGUGGCUGCUACCGUGGCAAUGAGUAUGACGGCUGCAUCAAUGGCCUGGUCUAUGGCCUUGGUCGCCGUGAGACAGUGGGCUGAGAAGAAAGAAAUGCAGUACAAAGAAAGCGUCGUUCCGAUCCGUGUCAGGUGA